GGGGGUUCUAGCUUUAAAAACCUUGUUGACCGAGUUCCUUACGCUCCAAUCAUCUUUCUAUCAUCUAUCUAUCCACUCUAUACGACAUUGCAUCGAUUACAAAAAGUUAACUCCAUGGGAACCCAGAACAUAGAUCACAAUCAGUUGUUUGAUCAAGUUCAUGGUGAUUUGGAUUCACUCGACUGUCGUGCUUUGAAGGAUGUCCUUAACGACGACAGAUGUAGUGAAGAGAUCGUUCAACUGAUCACUCGCAACAAUACUGCCUCUAACUCCGGGAGCUCGAGAGCACCGCAUAUUGUCAGUAUGGAUCAUACCGCACAUAGCUUUGAUCAGCCUAAAAUUAUUGGCAAGCCGCAAUCAAAAUCCCACUCAUAUCACCAUAAACCGACCUCAAGCUUCAAAGUAGUCCAGUCAUCCCAUCCUGGACCUCAUCGUCGACCUAAGGCUGCAGCUCGAAAAGAAGAAAACGAAAGAUGGUCGGAAAAUGUACAGAAAGCUAGCGAAAGAAGGGCCAUGGAUAGUUUAAAUAUUAUACAUUGGGUCACUGUCUUGAGUGAAAACAAAGUGGAUCGAAAGACUCUCAAGGAUGCUGCAAAACAUCUCAAACCGGCUGAUUAUCGGGAAGAUGUAAUCAUCGAAAGACAUUCGAGUGGACUUUGCGGUUAUCCAUUAUGUGAUAAAUCUCCAAGAAGGCCCUAUACGAACUCUGAUCUACCUCAACUUCAGAUUUGCCUUUCACGUCGCAAGUUACUCGAUGUCAAGCAAUCGGGUCAAUUUUGUAGUACGACUUGUCUCAAGCGAAGUGAAUGGUAUGAAAAG